AUGGUACAACCGAAGACUAUCAUAAGAAAAACAGUCAUCAUUGGUAGCAAUGGAGCGUACCCUGAAGAGGGCUCUCAGUGUAAAGUAAAAGUUUUGGAUCUAACUUUAAACGAACAAUCACCCAAAUCCAAUUGGAUUCAGGGAGAGGGAGUCUACAGUGUAAUCAUAGGGGAGGCAAGCUGUGUCUUUGACAUCAGCUUUGAAUAUGCAUUGACUUGCAUGAAUAAAGGGGAAAAAAGUGUUUUAGAAUUAAGAUUCAAUGAUCAUACUUGUCAGAUUACUGCCGAACUGUUGGAAUUUACUCAAGGAGUGCCUUUUUUUAGUCUAAAUACCUCAGAACGACUUGAGUUAGCAAUCCGACACAAAGCUGUGGGUGUAGAUUUAUUUAAAAAUUCUCUAGUCAAAGAGGCUUUUCAUAGGUUUAGCAAAAGUAUCAAGUACAUCAUAUCAUUAAGAGGGACAGAGACAUAUUCAGAGGAAGUAAAUUCUUUGUAUUAUUCAGUUUGUAACAACAUUGCUCUUUGCCAGUUGCAGUUUCAUAACUACGAACAUGCUAUUGCAUUAUGUGAUAAAGUUAUAAGUUCCUAUCCCAUUAAUGUAAAAGCAUUGUUCAGGCGAGCAGAAGCACGUACCAAAUUAAAAGUUUUUGAUAGAGCUGCCGAUGAUCUGAAGAAAGUUAUCUCUCUUGAGCCUCAAAAUAAAUUAGCAAGAAAAAAGUUGGAAUUUGUCGAAAAAGAGUUAAAUAAACAGGAAGAAAAUUAUGUAAAUAUGGUUAAACGAAUGUGUCCAUUUCACUAA